CACAAACAUCCGGCCUAUCAGCCUAUCAGCAUUCAUUCCCACGAGAAAUACGUGGAAAUGUGUGCUGAUAGACCGGAUGUUUGUGCACCAGCUUGGCUUUCCCCCACCCAACUUGAAUAACCUUAUAGCUCUGUAUAUAAUUAUAUUUCACUUCCUUGUUCGAAGAUAUAACUUGUAGUACCGCAACUUGUUGCCAGGUGACGCCACAUGUUUAGAGAUAGAUCAGAGAGAAAAACUCUCCCCUCUCUGUCUAUCUCUUAGCUCCGCGUUCCCGCGUCCUCCAUUCGUUUCUUGGCGCUGGCUGACGCUACAUCGUUAUCAUGAAUGUCCAAGAACAAAAGAAUUUUUUUCAAGACGAACUGCGUAGAUUAGAGGACCAAAUGACUCUCGUCCUAACCCAGAUGGAUGACUUAGAUAAAGCGGAACCAGCACACGAGGAAGUUACAGGGACCGAGACAAUGGAGGAGGAUCCAGUGAUAUGUGGAGAGGAUGAUGAUCAGGUGGAAGAAACCACCAGAUAUUUGGGUAUUAAUCCAUCAAAAUCGUCCGACGAUUUAAAAUUAAACGAGGAUGUUGCAGCCAGAAUAAAAGCCUGGCUCGUUAGGGGAUUCGCAACCAAGGAAGAAAAAGAGAAAUUAUUGUCAUCUGUUUCAAAAAAAGGGACAAUCAACCUCGAGGCCCCAAUUCUCAAUGAGGAAGUGCUGGUAGACAUUUUCCCAAAAUCUCUUACCAGAGACAAUUAUUUCAAAGAGUACCAAAAUUUGACUGGUGCUGCUUUAUCCAACAUCGCGACCAUUUUCGACAGCAUCGUGCAUGACCAGGAGGAUCCGCCCGAGAGAGAUACUAUACUGGAUAAACUCUCAUGUUCAGUAAAACUGCUCAGCCAUCUUUUCUUUUCAUUGUCCUCAGCGAGAAAAGCGUUUCUCCUCGGUAAAUACGACGAAAGAAUACAAAAAAUCUUGAAAUCAACAGAUCCUACAACCUACCUCUUUGGCGACAAUCUCAAAGGCGUUAUUGACUCUUCUAAAGCGAUGGAGAAGGUCUCGAAAGACUUGAAACCUAAAGUCAACCAAACCGCGAGAAAGAAUAAUUUUUUAAACUGGAAGAGCCCCUCGGUCAAGAAGGAGGUGAACCGAGGAGGCGGAAGGAGUUAUCCGAGACCUGGCACCUCCAAAACGUCACAAUAUCCGUACAGACCACGCCCAUAUCCAGCCAAGAGUCAUUACCAUCAAUCACAACCACAGCAGAGUCGACGUUAGAAUCUCAACUGAAAAAUAAGCCACCCUCUGUCGGACAACCUUUCCCUGGCGUGUGGCAUUGUAUCCGGGAAGCGUUCAAGAAAAAGGGACUGGACGACAGCACAGUCAACAUAAUGACUAACUCCAUCACACCCAGCACGGCC